CCAAAGCGACCACGCGGGCGAGGCGCGGGCAGAGCAGCCUUUGGAACCGCGGCGCAGCUUCAUCAUCUUCCUCCGUCCAGCAGCCAGCCGUCCUCCACUCUACCAUCUUCUUACUUUGCAGCCAAGGCUUAGCGGCGUGCGCGUGCAUGCAGCGCCUGCGUCUGCGUGCAUGCUAGCUUCUCCUUGGAGCAAAGCAAGGCAUCCCGAGCGCGCACCCACCAACGUUACACUAGAGCAAAAGCACGGCCGGCAAUCCCACCCAAAGUCGACCAAGGAUCGGACGCACGAAUUACCUAGCUAGCUAGCUCUCUCCGCGCAAUGGCCGGCUCGGCAGCCCAAGCUCCCACACAGACGGGCCGAACGAGGCCGAUUCCCACGGCGCUCGUUCCUGCGGCCGUGGUGCUCGCCGUCGUCGUCGGCGUACUUUCCCUGCUGCCCUCCGUGGCCCAGGCGGUGUGGGAGCUGCCCCACCUCUUCCUCCUCGGCCUCGUCAUCUCCUACGGCGUCUUCGCCCAGCACAAGAACGGCGCCGCCGCGGGCGACGGCGGCGAUGCCGCCAAGGACGGCGCCCGGGCGUGGAACUCUCGGUACCAUCCCGACGACCCGCUCGUCGUGGUCGCGCCCGACCACGCGGCGGCCGAUGACGGGGACGACGGCGCGGGCGGGAGGCCGUUCUCCUUGCCGGUGCGGAGGCUGAAGACGGUCGUGGAAGAGCCGACCGAAGCCGGUGGCGCCAGCGGAGAGAGCGUUGGCGAAGAGACGGACAGCUCCGAGUCCACGGCAGGAUUCUGGGCCGGCGCGCCCGCCGCUCCUUCGCCGCCCUCUGUCCUUGACGCCUUUGACUCGCGGAAGUUCAAUGCCGCGACGCCGCCGUCAGUCGUGCAGAAGGAGUUCCCGGGUUACGAUUCCGGGUCGCCUCGUGACCAGUCGUCGUGUAACGAGGAGGAAGAGGAGGAGGAGGUGGAGGAGGAGGAGGAGGAGGAGGGCACCGAUUGGGAAGAGGAUGCUGAUGGGUCGGAUGAGAUGACCGCCGCGUCGUCGGAAAGGUCGUUCCCCGGCGACUUCGUUGCCUGUCGCAACCGUCGCUACGACGGCAGCGGGGAUGGCGAGUCUAUGGACGAAGAACUUGUCGAGCUGGCCACCAGGCCGGGACCGGAGGGGGCGGACGAGGUGGACAGGAAGGCCGACGAGUUCAUCGCCAAAUUCAGGGAGCAGAUCAGACGGCAGAGAUUGUAGGCUUGUAGCCGGCCGAGCGACGUAGGCAUGCAUUGCAUGCGUCCUACGCACACGCUUACUUGCGAUCUGUAAACUUCUGUUUUUUUUCCUUCAUCUGUGUAACAUCAUGAGCCCUUCCUGUAUCAUUUUCUUCUCUCCUUUGGAGCUUUUAAACUGUUGCCGUUAUUACAGCCUGGAAAGAUGAAAAAACGACGGCAUCCUUGUGGGGAUGUUCGCAUCCUACACAAAUUCUUGUAAAUGUUU